AUGUUUCUUCAUCAUAUCCUUUGUAAUGUAGAAAAUGAUGAGGCUGCUAAAAGAAGGAAGGCGAGACGGCUAUAUUUGAAUAUCAAACGAUUAAAUAAGAUCUCAUCACAUACUCAAUCGAUUUUAACUUCUUCUACUAAAAAUAAAGAGAAUAUUAAUCCGAACACAACUUUUACGUUGAACAGAUCAUCUUUUAGUGUCUUAUCAAGUAUCAAUGUCUCUUCCACGCUAUCUAAAUUUAAUUCAGGAAAUUGUCCAUCAUCAACUUUCCGGAUUAAAGAAAUAACUUCUAUAAGUCCCUCUACUUUUACUAAUCUAGGAAACAUUGCAUCUUCCAGUGGUAUUCUAACAAAUAUUACAAGCAAUUCAUCAUCAACUUCAAGUGUUGACAUCAUACCUUCGUCUUCAUCAAGAAUUUCACCAAACACUGUUCUCGCAUCAGACAACGUUUCAACAUUGACAAAAAUCUCAUCUGGAAAGCGAAAAUUAGUAAGAAGACGUAGAGACUUAACACCUAUACCUAUUAUUGAUUUAACAGCAGAUGAUGAUAACGAGGUUCCUAAAAUCAUAAAUCAACAUUUAAAAGGUGUUUCUAAAGACUACUUGGAUAAUGGUGACCAAAUAAUCGUUUGUGGAUCAUGUAACGCAAAGAUAUGGAAAGCAGAGGCGGAUAGGGGUAAAAAAAGAGAAGUAAAAUUAAGUGGUCAAAAUUAUCAUAAUAUUGGUAGUCUGUUACCUGAUGAUGGAGAUGAGCCAAAAUUCAGCCAGUUGUAUAUAUACGACACAGAUAAUGAAAUAUUUAAUCGACAAAAUGAUGUUGGGGGCUCAAACACUUCUUUUUCGAUAACUGAGAAGGCUUUUGAUUUUCAGAUCAUUGAAGAACUUAAAGUUAUGUUAGACACUAAUAAUGCUUUGGUUAAAAGUUGUAGACAAGCUAGAAAUUGUUUAAAUGAAAACCCUUACAUCGACUUGAAGCUUCGUCUAAUUGGUAAACGAGCCAAAGAUGGUAGAACAUAUAACCUUCCUGAAGCUUCUGAAGUUGCGGCAUUAGUUAUUGGAGAUUUUACUCAAGUUGUUGAAAAUCGUGAUAUCGUUGUGAAAACCAAAUCUGGUCGGCUUGAGCGCAUAAGUGAAUUACAUCCUUCUUAUCUUUCUCACAAUACCCUCUUCUAUUUCCAUAUGGAGAAGAUAUGUACAGGGUUGACAUUCUUCAUAGAGGUCUGA